AUUAAAGAUAAAAAAAGAAAAAGAAGCGGAACGAGUAGCGAUUAGCGUACAUAAAAAUUGAUUGUAAUUUCGUAAAGUCAGAAACCCAAGCUUCCAGUUCCCCCCACCAAGGUUGCGCGCCUUAAACCCAAAAAAUGGCGGACCUCUGUAAGCUUACACAGUACGUCGAGUCCUUCGUCGAUGUAUCUCGUACGCCCUCUCAACAGGCUACAAGCUUGGAAACAAUCACCUCCCUUGUGAAGAACAAUGUACUAACAAUAGAAACACUGGUUAGAGAAAUGGGGAUGUAUUUGACAAUUACUGAUAACAUUAUUCGAGGCAGAGGUAUACUUCUUCUUGGGGAGCUACUUGCAUGUCUAACAUCAAAGCCUCUGGAUAGUGCAACAAUUCACAGCCUAAUUGCCUUCUUCACAGAGAGACUGGCAGAUUGGAAAGCUUUACGAGGUGCCCUUGUUGGCUGCUUGGCACUAAUGAGGAGGAAAACGAAUGUUGGGACAAUUUCUCAAAAUGAUGCAAAGUCAGUUGCACAGUCUUAUUUUCAAAAUCUUCAAGUACAGUCCCUGGGACAGCAUGAUCGAAAGCUGAGUUUUGAACUUCUGGCGUGUCUUUUGGAACAUUAUCCUGAUGCAGUUGUUUCACUGGGUGAUGAUCUUGUGUAUGGAAUCUGUGAAGCCAUUGAUGGUGAAAAAGAUCCACACUGCUUACUGCUUACUUUUCGCAUCGUUGAGCUUGUGGCAAAACUAUUCCCAGAUCCAAGUGGAACACUUGCAAGUAGUUCUAGCGAUCUUUUUGAAUUCCUGGGUUGCUAUUUCCCAAUCCAUUUUACACAUGGAAAAGAGGAGGACAUAGAUGUAAGAAGGAAUGAUCUUUCGCAGGCACUUAUGAGGGCCUUCUCAUCUACCCCCCUCUUUGAGCCAUUUGCCAUUCCUUUGCUUCUUGAGAAACUUUCAUCUUCAUUGCCAUUAGCAAAGAUCGAUUCUUUGAAGUAUCUAAGUGAUUGCACUGUCAAAUAUGGGGCAGAUAGAAUGAAAAAGCAUAGUGAAGCUAUCUGGUCUUCAGUAAAGGAGAUCAUAUUUACUUCAAUAGGACAGCCUAAUUUGUCCAUUAACACAGAAUCAUUAAAUAGUCCUAGCUUUCAAGAGAAUGAAAUGACAACAGAAGCACUAAGACUCCUGCAGAAGAUGGUUGUUGAGAGUAAUGGGUUAUUUUUAACAUUAAUUAUCAAUGAUGAAGACAUAAAGGAUAUUUUCAAUAUCCUAAAUAUUUAUACAUGUUACAACGACUAUCCUUUGCAAAGCAGGCAGAGACUAAAUGCAGUGGGCCAUAUCCUUUACACGUCAGCAAGUGCAUCUGUUGCUUCCUGCGAUCAUGUGUUUGAAAGUUACUUCCAUCGUUUGCUGGAAUUUUUGGGAAUUUCUGUGGAUCAGUAUCAUAAUGAUAAAAUUUCUCCCGUAAUUAGUUUAAACUUUGGAGCCCUCUAUCUCUGUAUUGAAGUUAUUGCAGCUUGCAGAGACUUGAUUGCAAGCACUGAUGAAAACACAUGCUCCGUCAAAGAGAAAUCAUACUCCAUGCUUCAAACUUUUUCACGUUCAAUGGUUCAGCUCCUCAGUUCUACCUUUCCAGGAAUUGUUAAACAAGAUCUGCAUGAUGCUGAAUUCCACUGUGCAGUAAAGGGCUUGCUGAAUCUGUCCACAUUCCCGGUAGGCUCUUCACCAGUAUCCAGAGUCAUAUUUGAGGAUAUUUUAUUGGAGUUCAUGUCGUUUGUAACAGUGAACUUCAAAUUUGGAUCGUUGUGGAAUCAUGCAUUGAAGGCACUACAGCAUAUCGGUUCAUUUGUUGACAAAUAUCCUGGGUCUGUGGAUUCACAAAGUUACAUGCAUAUAGUCGUUGAAAAGAUUGCAUCGAUGUUCUCUCCUCAUGAUGAGGUCUUGCCACUGAUACUUAAACUUGAGAUGGCAGUUGACAUUGGUAGAACUGGGCGAAGUUAUAUGCUGAAAAUUGUUGGGGGGAUUGAAGAGCCAAUAUUCUACAAUUUAUCUGAGGUUUAUGCCUAUGGCAAUUCAAAAUCAGUCGAGAUUCUAUUGACACUGUUGGAUUGCUACUCGACCAAAAUUCUUCCAUGGUUUGAUGAAGCUGGAGAUUUUGAGGAAGUCAUAUUGCGAUUUGCACUAAACAUUUGGGAUCAAAUUGAAAAAUGUUCAACUUUUAACACUUUGAUGGAUAAAGUGCUUCUUGAUGCAACCAUGAUGGCAUUGAAACUCUCAGUUCGAAGUUGCUCAAAGGAGAGCCAGAAUAUUAUAGUCCAGAAGGCAUUCAAUGUAUUAUUAACAAGCAGUUUUUCUCCUUCCAAAGUAGCAUUAUCUACUACAAUACCAGUUCAGAUGGAGGGCUUACAAAUUCUGCAGCAGAAAGAUAAUCCUACUUCUAGAGAUGAAUGGAUUCUUUCAUUAUUUGCGUCAGUCAUUAUAGCACUUCGCCCACAAGUACAUGUUCCGGAUGUGAGGUUAAUAAUUCAUUUGCUUAUGUUAUCCAUCACCAGGGGCUGUGUACCAGCUGCACAGGCACUGGGUUCUAUGAUCAAUAAAUUGAGUGUGAAAUCUGAUAAAGUAGAAGUCUCAAGUUAUGUUUCCUUGGAAGAAGCUAUUGACAUUAUUUUCAAAACAGAAUUUAGGUGCUUCCAUAAUGAAAAUACUGGUAAUGGCAGUGUAAUGUUUCUCACUGAAUUAUGCUCUAGCAUUGAAAAAACCUCUUUGCUUCAAGUUCAUGCUGUGGUUGGAUUAUCAUGGAUUGGAAAAGGUUUGCUCCUUUGCGGUCAUGACAAGGUUCGAGAUGUAACAAUGGUUUUCUUGCAGCUCUUAGUGUCAAAAAGCAGAACAGAUGGCCCACCCUUGCAGCAGUUUAUACUGGAAAAAGAUAACGAAACAAGCUUAGACUUUGCAGUCAUGAAAGGUGCAGCAGAGGCAUUUCACAUUCUUAUGAGUGAUUCUGAAGCUUGUUUGAACCGAAAAUUCCAUGCUAUAGUACGACCACUUUAUAAGCAGCGUUUUUUCUCUACCAUGAUGCCUAUUUUCCAGACUCUAGUAAGCAAAUCAGAUACGUCACUUUCUAGAUAUAUGUUGUACCAGGCAUAUGCACAUGUUAUAUCUGAUACUCCACUCACUGCUUUAUUGACUGAUGCAAAGAAGUUUAUUCCUAUGCUUUUGGAUGGGUUGUUAACAUUAAGUGUGAACGGCAUAAAUAAGGAUGUAGUUUAUAGCCUCCUCCUUGUUUUAUCUGGGAUAUUGAUGGAUAAAAAUGGACAGGAAGCUGUAACAGAGAAUGCACAUAAAAUUGUUGAUUGCCUAGCUGGACUAACUGACUUUUCUCAUAUGAUGCUCGUACGAGAAACUGCAAUUCAGUGCCUUGUCGCUGUGUCUGAACUGCCCCAUGCAAGGAUAUACCCCAUGAGAAGACAGGUACUGCACACAAUAUCUAAAGCUCUUGAUGAUCCAAAGAGAGCUGUUCGACAGGAAGCUGUCAGAUGCCGACAAGCAUGGGCAUCAAUUGCAUCAAGAAGUCUUCAUUUCUAAUGGUCCACUGCGAGCAAUUUUCCUUUGCAAGGUUGGCAGCGUAGCACAUUGUAGCACAUUUGAAGUUACCAAAUUUAGUGUAUAUUGUCUACUUUUACAUAAUUUCAAUGUAAUGUACAUGUACUAGUCCAGCUCUCUUUCUUGAACAGCUAGUUGAUUCUUUUUUUUUUUUACAAGGAAAAAACUGUAAACAUAAUUUGUUAAAGAAAAACUGUUAUAGUUGAUUCA